UGAGAGAGUAGUUGGUGCCACAGCACAGAAGCAGCAAAAACAAAGCCAUGUUGAUGUAGGGUUUCCUUCUUGAAUGCCAGGCAGGGGCAGCUGAAGCAGUUGGCACACUGGAAGUGACAGUCGUGCUUGGCAGAGGCUGUCUCUGGAAGCUGUUCAGUCUUCAAGGAUUAUGAAGUCUGAGGAAGACCCUGAAGAUGGAGAAAACAUGACUGGGGAUCCAAGCUAAGAGACGGAUGGCCAAGAUGAAUGCAGGAGGGCAGCAAAAUAAGAGGUUACCAAGGGCGGCCUCCUUGGACUCUGGCUGGCUGUUGCUCUCCUUGUAGCUGAAUGUCGGGUGCAUUGUUUGUUCUUGGCAGCAAGGACUCAGGAAGUCUAGGAUGAGUUGCUGGUUUUCCUGUGCUCUAAAAAACACAUUGACUGCAGACUGGAACAAAUACGAUGAUCGGUUGAUGAAAGCAGCUGAAAGGGGUGAUGUGGAGAAGAUCUCAUCUGUCCUUGCCAAAAAGGGACUGAACCCCACCAAACUAGACGUGGAAGGGAGAUCUGCAUUUCACGUUAUAGCCUCAAAAGGGAAUCUUGAGUGUUUGAAUGUCAUUCUUGUACACGGUGUUGACAUUUUGGCUACUGAUGCAGCAGGAAGGAAUGCUCUCCACCUAGCUGCGAAAUAUGGUCAUGCGCUUUGUCUGCAAAAACUGCUGCAGUACAACUGCCCUACAGAAAAUGUGGAUCUGCAAGGUCGUACUGCACUCCAUGAUGCAGCGAUGUCAGAUUGCUCCUCCAGUAUACAAUUGCUGUGUGACCAUGGAGCCUUGGUGAAUGCCAAAGAUGCAGAUGGAAGGACGCCACUGGUGCUGGCCACUCAGAUGUGCCGUCCAACCAUAUGCCAGCUUCUGCUGGAUAGGGGUGCUGAUGUCAAUGCGAGAGAUAAACAGAACCGGACUGCUCUGAUGCUAGGCUGUGAAUAUGGCUGCAAGGAUGCUGUAGAGGUUUUGCUCAGAAACGGUGCAGAUGUAACUUUGGUUGAUGCCCUUGGCCAUGACUGCUCUUACUAUGCGCGGAUUGGUGACAGUGUUGAAAUCUUGUCUCUGAUCAAGGCUGCCAUUGAGGAGUCCAACAAAGCAAGUUAUGAAGUUAUGAAGAAAGGGCAGCCUGCACUAAAGGUGGCCAGCAUGCUGCCAAAAUGGAGUCAACUAAAUGCCGUGGAGGAAGCAAACUUUAAGCCAUAUCAGAAGGAGCAAUGGAAUGUACAGGAAUUAGGAAGGGAGAAUGAAGACUUAAAAGGCAGAUUGAGGGAGAUCCAGCAGGAACACCGAAUCCUAUUAGACAGAAUAAGUGGACUGCAGCUACAGCUGAACGAGGAGCAAAUGGUUGCUGAUGAUCUUGAAAGUGAGAAGGAUGAUCUCAGGAGACUUCUGAUGGCAAAGGAAAAGCAGCAGGAAGAAAGUUUGCGAAUGGUUGAAGCUCUGAAAUUGAAGCUGAGAUUCUAUGAGGGUGACCAUGGAGGAUCUGGAAGCAGUUUUGGUAACAGGAAUGAAGAUGUGCCGCUUAAGCAGGAUUCAGUGUACUCUGCAGAACCACAGCACAUCGCUGCCUCAGUGCCAGCUAACCUCCAGAGCCGAUCCAUGGUGAGACCUUUGGAGCUCUUGGGUCCCAGUCAGUCUUCUGCCUCUGAGACUGAAGCUCUUAAGUGUGAGUUGAGCAACAUGAGGAGCUGCUACGAGACAGCAAGAGGGGACAUCAGCAAGCUUCAGCUGGAGCUGUCCCACAAAGCGGCUGAAUGCAAAGCGCUGGUGUCCGAGUGCGAGAGAACUAAGCAGGAGUCCGAUCAGCAGAUCAAGCAAUUGGAAGAUGCUUUAAAAGACGUACAGAAGAGGAUGUUUGACUCCGAAGGCAAGGUGAAGCAGAUGCAGACGCACUUCCUCGCCUUGAAGGAUCACCUGACAAGUGAAGCCGUUGUAGGCAGCAGUAAGAUGACUGAGGAGCUGAAGGAUCAGUUGAAAGACAUGAAAACCAAAUACGAGGGUGCCUCUGCCGAAGUGGGCAAGUUGAGGAACCAGCUGAAGCAGAAUGAGAUGCUAGUGGAAGAGUUCCGGAAUGAUGAAGCGAGGCUGGUGGAGGAAAACAAAAAGCUGCAGAAGGAACUUGGGAUGUUGAAGAUGGAACGUGAGAAAAGGGAGAGGAGGGCCUCGGAGGCAGAAGGCCAGCUGAAGGAAACCACAGCGAAGCUUGCUGACAAGUUUGAAAAGAUGAAGAGUUCGCUGUCCAGUGAAGUUGAUGAGAAGGCCCGGAAGUUAGCAGAAAUGGAGAGGAAGCAUGAGAAAUUGUGCACAGAGGCUCAGUUGCUAAGAACAGAACUCGAGAACCAGAGAGCUCAGUUUGCCCAGUAUGUGAGGCCAGAGGAACAUCGGCAUGUGAAAAGCAGGUAUGAGCAAAGAACCAAAGAGCUCGAGAGAGCCCACUCAGAACUGAAGCAGAAGAACCAGACCUUGCAGAAGGAGGUAGAAAGGGCUAAAGCGGACAGCAGCCUGCUAAAGCAGCAAAUGGACGCGCUCAAGAGCGAGGUGAAAAGCCAGUAUGUGCCUUUUAAAGUCAGUGAAGACAUGAAGAAAGCGAGCGACGUCACGGUCAGGGAGCUGAAUAGAAAGCUCACGGAAGCCACUGAAAAGUAUCACAGGUGCAAAGCAGAAGCAGAGAAGCUGCUGGCAGAGAAAGUCUGCCUAAGAGAUACCGUUGGUCAGCUUCAAGCUGCUUAUGUCCCUCCAGAAACGCACAAGAAGGAAAUAGGGGCAUUAAAAACCACUGUGGCUGACCUGACAAGACAGCUGGCUGAGCUUGGCCAAAAAUAUAAGGAGGAGCAAGCCAAAUCAUUUGAACUUGCAUCCAAAAAUGCAGCUCUUCACGAUGUCAUGAAAGAGCAGUAUGUGCCAGUUGAAGCUCACGAGGAAACCAAGACUGUGUUGAACAGCAUGUUGGAAAGAACAGGCCAGGAGCUGUCAGAUUUGAAGGGGAAAAUGGAAGGUGUCAAACAGGAAUUUGUCAAAGUAAAUGAAGAGAAUGGGGUAUUAAAAAGGAAGCUGCGAGUCCUCCAGAGCCAAAUACAAGCGGAAUAUAUGAGCACACAAGAUCAUGACAAUAAGGUUGCAGCUCUGAAUCAAAGCAUUCGUGAGCUCCAGGAAAGCAACUCUGAGGUGCUGGCAAAAUAUCAGAGCAAGCAAGAUGAGGUUGCCCAGCUGCACGCUGAGAUCGAAGCCCAGAAAAAGGAGCUUGACAUGAUCCAGGAGUGCAUCAAGUCAAAAUACGCCCCCCUUGCCCAUUUUGAAGAGAAGGAGCGUAAUUUCGAGGCCACUGUGAAAGAGCUGAAGAGCCAGCUGCUGAGACAGGGGGAGCAGCACAAAGAAAAAGAGGAAGAAAGCAAGGCAUGGAGUCGGGAAAACGAGAAGUUGAGAGCUAGGAUCCUGGCGAACCAAACUGAUUUGCAGCAGAAUUACAUCCUUGCAGAGAAGUCACAUGAAAUGGAGAGGAUGUUUGUGAAGAAGACAGAUGACCUGAACAAGCAGCUGAGGGAGCUGCAGCAGAAGUUUGCAGAGAUAAAGUGUGAAAAGGAGAGGCUUCAGGAAGAGAGUGCCAGGCAGCAGUCCGAGGCACUCCAUGUGCAGAGCCGCCUCCUGGGCCAGUAUGUCCCGGUGGAGCAGGUAGAAGCCUUAAAGGAGCGAUUCGGCCGCACCAUUGAGGAGCUGAAAGGAGAACUGAACAACAAGACGGCAUGUUGUCAGCAAGAGCUCCAGAAAGUGCAAGAACUGCAGCAGGAGUUAGCUCAUCUCCAAGCCACCUCUGUGUCUUUGGCAGAGCACACUCGAAUCAAAGAAGGGUUGGAAAGAGAAACGGCAGCCGUGAAAUCUGCCUUGAGCAGGAAGGAGGGAGAAAGUCAAACAAAAUGUGAGGAAAUCUCCAACCUGCAGUCCGAAAUCCAGAGCACAAGACAAGCUUUAAGGGAACUGGAAAGUAGAGAAGUGGUUGAGAUGUCUGAGCACAAGAUGGUGAAACUCAAGCUAGAAGGCCAAGUUAUUAGCAUGGCUGAGAAACUGGCUGAAUUGAAUAAGAAGCUUGAGGCAAUGCGCGAAGAGGCUUUGCAGGUGAAAAUGGAGGAGCUGCCUACAAAAGACGAGAAGGAGCUGCUCCAGCCAAGGAGCUUCAGCAUUGAGCAGGAGAUCAAGGACCAGAAAGAGAGAUGCGACAAGUCUCUGAGCACGAUUGUGGAGCUGCAGAAAAGAAUCCAGGAGUCUGCAAAGCAGGUGGAAGCGAAAGAUAACAAGAUAACUGAGCUACUUAAUGAUGUGGAGCGGCUAAAACAGGCCCUUAACGGUCUCUCUCAGCUUACAUACAACAGUGGCCUUCCUGCAAAGAGGCAGAUUCAGCAGAUGGAAAUGCUCCAGAACCAGGUGAAGACCCUGCAGCAGCAGCUGGCUGAUGCUGAGAGGCAGCACCAGGAGGUCAUCUCAAUAUAUCGGACGCACCUUCUUAGUGCUGUUCAGGGUCAUAUGGAUGAAGACGUUCAAGCUGCCUUGCUCCAGAUCAUCCGGAUGCGGCAGGGGCUCGUGUGCUAGUGGGCUUAAUGCUGUUGUUGUCAGAGUCCUGAGACUGCAGUAGUGUGUACUAACCCUUUCAGGGCUUCUUACAUGUUAGAUUUUGUGGCUGCCGUUGUGAAAACACUCCUCCCUUCCUGCUUCUGUCCAGAAUGUGGAGAAACUGUAUUUACACAGACCUAUUUUUAGCAAAGCAAAAGGGCUAUUGUUUGUCUACAAGACUUCUGGUUUGAAAGGUAAAAGUCUGUGGUUCUUAUUUAUUGGUAGUCAAAAUGAUGACAAGAGCAAAGUUCUGGAUGUCGGAUUGACAACGUUAAAACGGAAGAUAAUGUCUUUUUUCUUCUGCUCUGCUCAAGACAACCUAGAUCCAUCUCAAUAGAAAAUAUGCAUGUGCACUGAUCCAAAGUCAGUGUGGCCAAAGUAUUCUGCCCUUGCUUUUUCCAAAUGGAUUUUUUAAUGGUGGCAUUUUUGAGGGUUGCAUCCGAUUGACUGUCUGGCAACCAACUUCUUAGGAAGGCUGCCAGCGGAAAACUGUGUAUUGCAGCUUGGCUGGCCAAGUUGCAUUUUUAAAGUCGUUUUAAGGAGUAGUGCCUUCUUUUUAUUGCUAUUUUCCUGAGAGAAAAAUCCAUCAGACAGUAAUUUGUUUUUUACAAGAGAUAUUUUUUCACAAAUUCUUUGUUACUGAUUUACUUGUAGUUUCACAAACAGCAGGACUGGGAUAGAUGUGAGUGAAACGUUGUUACCUUGUCUUGAAAUGCAGCAGCCUAACAUUUAUUUUAGAGAAUUCUUUUUUGUUUUAUUAAAAGAAGGAAACAACUUUUACUGAACUUAAAAAAAAACACAGUAGUUGAAACAGUGUCAGAAAAGAAGGAAACCUAAAGAAAAUAUUUGCAGACGCAAAGAAAAUAGCACACAUGCCUUUGACACAGUGGGGUUUUUACAGGCCCUGGGAAGUCAUGAUAUCAUGUGCUCCUCUUAUAGUGCAUUUGGUCCAGCCAUGUGUUGAAGGCUGGACGGUGGGAUGGAAGAAACCAUUGCUCUUACAAAUUACUGACCUUGAAAAAUGACUGACCUUCUCGAGUCUUGUGCCAAGGGAAGAGGCAGCAUCUCCUGAAAGGUGACUGCUGGUGGCUACAGCUUGACAAUGCCGGAGCACGUGAACCUGACUUAUGUGGUGGUUUCUCUGAAACUGUUGACCACUCCUCCAUUUUGGACUUGCAGCUAACUGAUAGGCAUCACCCCUGUCUCGGAGGGGCUGCCUCUACCACCCAGCCAUUUUUCCUAAGGCACAAAUCUCUUUGCAAUUUAACUUGUGAAAAGCCUGUUCGUUUUGAUGGGCCUGGAUAGGAUGCUGCUACUGCUGCUGUGUGGGGCCGAGUGGGGGUAGAAGUUGGGCCCAUAGAUGUUCUUUUCUAUGCCAAAAAUGGGCCCAAUUAGUUCAAAUAUCACUUGAUAAACCUUCAUAUGUGCUAGAUUUAAUUAACUUGACUAACAGCAGCUUCUUAAAAUUCUUUAUUCAGUUUUAAAUACUAUAUUUUGUAAAUGAUGUACUAUAAUCCGCUACAAUAGCUUUUAUUUAUGCAGGGAGAGAGGUAGAAUGAGACAAUUAACCAUGCUUAGUGCGUGUGUUUGUAUGAAUAAGCACUGCAAGACUUGAUAGAUCAUUGCUGGGAAUUUUAAAAGUGAAAGUGCAAUAAUCCCAAAGUGCAAAACCAUGGAAUCCUGGGUUUCUGGAAAAAAAAGGCAACACAAAUUCUUAAAUGGGAAUAUUAAGAAUGCCAGUCUGCCCAUUUUAGUGUAUGGCGUUGAGUUUGGUCUGUGAAUAAUCCAUCAGCUAAGCGCUGAGGCAAUUCUGGCACUUGUGUCCCUUUGACAUGUUGAUACCAAAAUGGGCAUGCGUAGAUGCCAGCCUGAUCCAUUGGCCCCAUUCAGAAGACACCUCAAACCAUGGCAUUAACCACGGUGGUUAAGCCAGAAAGCUGGGCUGUGUUCAGAAGACACCUAAACCAAAAAGCCUUAUUCACCGUGGUUACAGCCGUGGGCCCAUUCUUAUUUGACACCUGUGUCCUGUGGAGGCAGAGCUUGCUAUACCUGCUCUUUGGUACAUCGUGAGCAGGAUGUGAAGGAAAGUAAAUUAAGCGCAAGCGGCAGUGCAGUGGUAAACGCUGAAGGGCAGGCACCUGUCGUGACCGUCCCUAUACUGCCCUCCACCCCACCCAAGGAGAGUCCAGAUUGCAGACAGCUGUGUUGAUCCAUAUCAACAAACCAGUUCUAGCAGUUUUCAGCUCCGGUCAUAAUUGCUCAUUCCAGACCUAGCCCACCACAAAACCCUUUGAAUUACGGCUGGGAACAAUAUCCUGUUGCUGGGAAAAUCCAUUUCCUCCCAGCUACUGUGAGGGUUGCUGCUAAGCUCAGAGGGACACGGGGGAUUCCGAAGGGGGUGGAAGAUGGUGUCAGCAUCCCUGCUAAAGCCGAAAUGCAGGCGCUGCGUCCCCUGCAAGCCCUGGCUCCGCUACAGCACUGAGCACAAAUGUGUUAACUUCCAGAUUUGCAAAUGACAAGUGGGUGCAGCUUUUGCCUCUAACAACAUUAAUUGGACUGUAAUUGUGGUGUCCGGUGGGGGACUCUGUCCUCACUGCAGUGGAACCAGUGGUCUCCACUUAGAGCCCAAAGGAUACUGUGCCACCCCCACCCACCCCCUGAGAAGUGCCUGCACAUUAAUUGGCAGAGUGGAGGUGGGAAGCUGGGUGGGCUUCCGCGAAUGCGUCCCAUCUGUAUCUGCCCCUUGUGGGAAACCAAUUCACCAAGUGCUCUUAGUAACCGACUGGUUUUGAUAUACUAAUGCUGAAAGUAUUGUAACUUCCUUUUCUCUGGGAGACAUUUUGUGUACUUCGAUGCUUCCUCCCACACUACAUAUCAAUAAAUGUUUAUCUCCUGU